UUCAACAGUAACAGUUUGAAAACUGAAUUGAAAGCUUAUCAAAAAAAAUAUAUAUUAUUAUUUUGAGCACAGACUCUUAAUUUGAGUGAGACAUUAUCAAUUGAAAGUGAACCAGAAAGGUUAUCGGACAUAAAAAAAAAGUUCUUGAAAAAAUAUAUAAAAAUAGAAAUAAAGCAUUCAAAAAUGAUCAACAGAUUCGUCAUUAUUUUCUCAAUAUGCCUAUACACCAUUUGCGCAGCACCGGCAUCUCGCACAAUUGACAAUACAAUUAGCAAUUAUGAUAAAAUUACACAUCAAUUAAUGCCACAAAAUAUGCGUGAAACACUUCCUGGUGUCUUGGACAUUACGAAAAAAUUGACAAAACUUUACUUGAGCGGCAAACAGAUUCGUCUUACAUCUGAUAUCUUUACACAAGCUGAACAAUUGGAGAUGAUUGACCUUAGCAAUGGAGAAAUUGCUGAAAUCGAGAGUCAGACAUUCCAUGGAACCAGUAAAUUGAAGCGAUUGAAUUUGUCUGGAAAUAGAAUAAAGACACUCCCAGCCAAUGUUUUCGGACCAGGCAAUGCCCUCAAAGAACUUGACUUGGCAGACAAUCAAAUCGACAAAAUCAGCCGUGCCUCAUUCAAUAAUAUGCAGCAUUUGAAGAAACUUGACCUGCGCAACAACAAAUUGACAAAUCUCAGCGGACCAAUCUUUGGUGAUUUAAUUAAUCUUCAGGAACUCGACUUGACUGGGAAUCCAAUCAGAUACUUGGACGAAGAGUUCUUUGCCUCAUUACCAGCUGGCCUUGCACUCAAUUUUGACGAUCAGUUCCUCGAUUUUAAAUCACUUAAAUUAGUGGAUCAAUGGUCUAUAUAAAUCAUAUAAGAACAAGAAUUGUUAAGUUGCCAAAAUUCUCAUCAAAAAAAGUUCCAUUGAUAUUUUUUGUCAUUAGAAUUUUCAUCAAACCUUUUUUUAUAUUGUUAAUUUAUGAAAUCAUGCAUUUAAAAUUGUAGACAUUUAAGACUCAAAAAUGAUUUGUGAAAAAUAAAAAAUUAUUUAUUAAGGGAUCUUUAAAAGU